AUGAAUGAAAAGUGUCGUCUAUGUUUGGAAGAUGUAAAAUGUGCUACCCCCACAUUAAUAACUGAUGAUAUUCUUAAGCUAAAACUGGCACAGGUGUUUAUAUUUUCGAUCGCUGCUGAAAGUGCACUGCCGGUUGGGGUGUGCCGGCAAUGCUGUGCAAAAGUUUCCGACUUUCAUACGUUCACCCAGCUAGUGGAAGCCAAUCAGCACCGGUUACGAUCAAACGCUAUGAAAUAUGAACUUGCAUUUUCAGGGGACGUAAAAGAGGAACCAUCUUACGAUACUGAUUUCCAUGAAACGGAAACUGCGGAAGAGGAGCUUAUAGCGAUUGAGCGUGUUGAUAUAAAAAACGAACCCCUCAGUGGAGAUUCGUCUGCCGUGGAACACGACUUGGAGUCGUCAAGUGACGAAGAACCAAAGCCCAGAAGUAAAAAGACUCGUCGUAAAGCAAAACAGGGCGAUUUGGAACCAUCGAGUAAGUCUAAAAACAAAGACAAACCGGAUGGUGAAAGCCUGAUCAAACAGCAGGAAAAAGACAGAGAGAUAAAGGAUUUUUUUACGCUGGAAUGUGAAAUAUGCUCCAUUUCUCUGGAGGAUUUCGUGCAGCUUCAAGAGCACUACUUACAAAAACACGAAACCAGAGGUUACAUACGAUGUUGCAAUAAACAGUUUUUCCAACGUUAUACGCUUUUGGAUCACAUCGCCGUACACCGAGGUACGAUUCGGUGUGAAAUAUGCAACAAGAGCUACAAAACAAGACGGUAUCUGGCGCUGCAUAUUGCCAAAAGCCAUGGCACCGAGAACGAGCGGCCAUUUAAGUGCGAAAAGUGCGGUAUGGGCUUCCCAAAACAGUAUCUCCUGCGAUCGCAUGAGCUGAUGCACGUGCAGGUGGAAUGCGACAUUUGCAAAAAGAUCCUCUCAAGCCAACACGCACUGAAAGUGCACGUCUCGCAGAUGCAUAGCGAUAACAGUAAUCAUAUUUGUGCGACAUGCGGUAAAAUGUUUCGCACCAAGAUUGCCAUGGACCGCCAUAUCAAGGAGCACUUGGGCGUUGAAUUAGUGGAACGAAUGCAAUGCACCUACUGCCAGAAGUGGUUCAACGGGAAGUACAAUCUACAAAAGCAUGUACGCUUUUUGCACAAAGAAAAGGGUCAAGUGUUCCGGUGCGAUCUGUGCAGCCACGAAAGUCCAAAUAGUCGUGCCCUGACGUACCACAAGCAGAGGGUGCACGUGCAGGAGAAACACGAGUGCGAACAUUGUGGCAAACGAUUCAAACGGAAACUGUACCUUCGCGAACACGUGGCAUCCCAUACUAACAAUCCAUUGUACACGUGCGAAUUUUGUGGCAUGAAGUUCAACUCGCACGCGAAUCAUUUUACUCAUCGCAAAAAUAAGCAUCCGGAACAGUGGGAAGCGCACAAAAGCAUGAAACAGAAGAAGGAAAUGAUCCAGGAAUUUCACCAAUUCACCCUACACGUGCAAAGCAAUCAGGAAUUGCUUCAGCGCGAUCUGUUCGGCCAGGAUGGAUCAUCCCUUGAAAACGUUACUGGUACAGCUGAUGCAGAGCAGUUUACACAAGUACCGAAAACCGACGUCUAUGUAGAUUCUACUACACGUUUUUUCGGAAGCUCUGGCGUUUCUAUGACGAUUGAUGAAAUGGCAAUGCAAAAACCGGACGAGGAAACCCACGCAGCACAUGACACUAGAGUAGUACCGCAAGAAGUAACAACGUGCAAAGUAAGGGAUUCGGAAGAUAGUACGGACGCGGAACAAAACCUGCCGAACAGGUUGCAUGAACAUGAUCGCAUUAUAGGGCAGUUUUUCGAGAUGCAUUGCGAGCUGUGUCCUGCUGACUCGAUGCAGCAUUUCGAUCGGCUUUUACUGCUCCAGCAGCACUACCGCAGGCGACACCACUGUCGAGGAUACGUACGCUGUUGUGGCAAGCAAUUUUUUCGCCGCUUUCGAGUCAUAGAGCACAUUGCGUCUCAUAGAGGUACGAUACGUUGUGAGGUGUGCGAGAAGUCCUUCAAUAGCAAGACGUAUCUUUUGCGCCACAUGACCAGAAAGCACGUGGACGCUCUGAAACCGCGUUCGUUCGCUUGCGAGCAUUGUAAACGGACUUAUCAUACCGAGAAGGAGCUAGCUAUUCAUAAGCCCACUCAUGACACGGUGGAGUGUCAAAUCUGCGGAAAAACGGUGCAGGCUAGGUAUAUCAAGAUGCAUGUCGCGCAAAUACACUGCGGUGAGCGUACAAAGCACAUGUGCCACCAGUGUGGAACGAACUUAUCCAGUGAAAGUGCGCUGCAACGGCACAUCAAAAAGCAUGCAGGCGUUGAUUCGAUUGAAAAAUUGCAAUGCAGCUACUGCGGCAAAUGGCUCAACGGCAAGUACAACCUGAAGAAGCACGUUCGCUGUAUGCAUCUGGAACCGGGCCAACAGUUCCGGUGCGGUGUGUGCGGGCACGAUAGCCCCAACAGCGUUGCGCUGGAGAAUCAUAAGAAACGGGUGCACUCGGGAACAAACUAUGUUUGUGAACAGUGUGAGAAACGUUUCAAGCGCAAGGUCUACCUUACGGAGCACGUUGCCGCUUUUCACACGCACAAGCCGCUAUACGGGUGUGAAUUUUGUAGCACAACGUUCAACUCGAAGGCGAACUACUACAACCAUCGAAAAACGCGGCAUCCACUUGAGUGGAAGAUGCAGAAAGAAGAGAAGGAAAUGCAAAGCCGAUCCAAGGCAAAUGAAGUACUAGAAUGA